UUGGGGUUCGCUAGCCGGAUGGCUUUGGACGUGAAGUCUCGAGCAAAGCGUUAUGAAAAACUGGACUUCCUUGGGGAAGGACAGUUUGCCACGGUUUAUAAGGCCAGAGACAAGAAUACCAACCAAAUUGUCGCCAUUAAGAUAAAACUUGGGCAUAGAUCUGAAGCAAAAGACGGUAUAAAUAGAACAGCCUUAAGAGAGAUAAAAUUAUUACAGGAGCUAAGUCAUCCAAAUAUAAUUGGUCUCCUUGAUGCUUUUGGACAUAAAUCUAAUAUUAGCCUUGUCUUUGAUUUUAUGGAAACUGAUCUAGAGAUUAUAAUUAAGGAUAAUAGUCUAGCUCUGACACCAUCACAUAUCAAAGCCUACAUGUUGAUGACUCUUCAAGGGUUAGAAUAUUUACAUCAACACUAGAUCCUGCAAAGGGAUUUGAAACCAAACAACUUGUUGCUUGAUGAAAAUGGAGUUUUAAAACUGUCAGAUUUUGGCCUGGCCAAAUCAUUUGGAAACCCCAAUAGAGCUUAUACACAUCAGGUUGUAACCAGGUGGUAUCAAGCCUCUGAGUUACUGUUUGGAGCUAGGAUGUAUGGUGUGGGUGUGGACAUGUGGGCUGUUGCCUGUAUAUUAGCAGAGCUGCUUCUAAGGGUUCCUUUUUUGCCAGGAGAUUUGGACCUUGAUCAAUUAAUAAGAAUAUUUGAAACUUUGGACACACCAACUGAGGAACAGUGGCCUGACAUGUGUAGUCUUCCAGAUGAUGUGACAUUUAAGAGUUUUCCUGGAAUCCCAUUGCAACACAUCUUCAUUGCAGCUGGAGACGACUUGCUAGAUCUCAUACAAGGCUUAUUCUUACAUAAUCCGUGUACCCGAAUCACGGCCACACAGGCAUUAAAAACAAAAUAUUUUAGUAACCGGCCAGGACCAACACCUGGAUGUCAGCUGCCAAGACCAAACUGUCCAGUGGAAACCUUAAAGGAGCAGUCAAAUCCAGGUGUGGCAACCAAACGGAAAAGAAUGGAGACCUUGGAACAAGGAGGAUUGCCCAAGAAACUGAUUUUUUAGUUACGAGAACACUGGAUAGUAUUUUACUACUGAAGGAAAUGGUCAAAAAGGCAAA